AUGUCUACGCUGGGUGCGCUCAUCUAUGGUAAUUUGUCCCUAUUGUCCGGAUUCGACCCGACCGUGUCCGGCUCGGGAGACUUUACCGCGGCCAGAAAUGUGUACGCGUUGGGAACCGCCGACGCCACAUCGACGGGAUCCGGGACAGUCCAAGUGUCGGGUGGGUUGUCUGUCGUCAAAAAUGCUUACAUUGGCAAUACCAUUUCCGCCAACACCGCGGUCUUCACCAAUUUGUCCGUCACCAAUAUCACCAGUGCCGCUCUGUCGGCACCCUCGGGAGUGUUUUCGUCCGGUUUUACCUCCAAUGCCGCUUCCUUGAUUAGUGGAAACCUUACCAUCACCAAUGGAAACCUCCUCGCGACCGGGGCUACCAUUACCAACCUCUAUUGCUCCAACUUUACCACAUCCGCCUUGGCGGCCCCUUCCGCGGUCUUUUCGGCAGGUUUCACAUCCAAUGCCUCCAGUGUGGUCAGUGGGACUUUGACUGUAACCAAUGAAACAGUGACGUCCAAUUUGGUUGUGCAGGGAGGUUUGACGGCCACCAAUGCAUUCAUCUCCUCAGCCACCAUUCCGGGUCUGGCCACGACCAAUUUGACUAUCGUCAAUCUGACUGAAACCAGUCUGUUGGGCACCAGCGCCAGUCUCAUGUCAUUGACCACCGGGACCAUGUUCAAUUCCAGUGGAGCUACCUUUGCCGGAGCUAUCAACGUCACCAACGCGACUGCGUCUACCUCCACCGGUACGGGAGCUUUGGUCGUUGCGGGAGGUGUGGGAAUCGCGGGCGCUCUUAAUCUGGGUGGGAAAGUCACUUCGCAAAUCGACAUCCCGAGCACCAUCACCAUCCUGGACAAUGACACCUCCACCGGUUCCACCUUUGCCGGCGUGUCGUCUUACGGGUCUUUUAUUGCCAUUGUUACCGCUGGGUCCUCCACCGGAGCUACUGCCACUUUCUGUGGUUCGGCAUCGGCAGGUUACGCGGGAUCGGUAUUUCGACUGACUUCUGCCCACGCGGCUACCAACGAAACCCUCAAUAUGACUUGGUCUGCUGGAACUUUGCCGACCCUCUUGCAUCAAGUAGCCAAAAGUGGCGCGACCGGGAAUCCCAUUACAUACAACACAGUCAUGCCCAUUAAGAAAAUUCCCAACCCCGAUCCCACUCCGACGAAAGGGAAACGCAAGUCCACCAAAAAGGAACACAAACGACCUGCCUCCGCAUACAUCAUCUUCUGUAACGUCGCCCGCCCCAAAAUGAAGGAACAAAACCCAGACGCCUCUACCCGAGAACUGGUGUGUCUAUUGGCUCAAGCGUGGAACAAACUCUCUGACAAAGAAAAGGAACCUUACAAACAAAUCGCCAAGGAUCGACAGGACGAAUAUAAACGAAUGGUCGUCGCCUCGAACACCCCCGCAUCACGUCCCUUGACUGAAGAAGAGGCCGAUGAAUUGCUGGACAUUAUGAAUUAG